UGUCAGUGCCUCACUUGCUCAGGUGGAUCUAAUCAAACAAACACAUGAAUUCGUCACCUUCUUCUUCAAUCGUCGUCGCUCUCCCAGCGACCGCGACUGCAACUGCAACUGGUUCAUCAUCUUCGCAGUAACUUUUUAAAUGUACCGGAAAAUCAAACGAAAAACCAACUCCGUCUGCAAAGCAAUCCGAUACCGAUACCUCUCUCUCCCUCCCGUCCGUAAUGCCCAGAACCUUAACCCUCGCCCGCUUCAAGGCCCUCCUGUUAUUCCUCUCCGUUUUCCUCAACCUCUACUUCCUCUUACUCCACGCGCCGUCGGCCGUUCUCUCCCGCUAUACUUCUUCACCCACCACCCGCCGCCAUCUCGUCUUCGCCAUCGCCUCCUCCUCCCGCUCCUGGUCCCGCCGCGAGCCCUACCUCCGCCUCUGGUGCUCCCCCGCCUCCACCCGCGCCUUCGCGUUUCUGGACCGCGCCCCAAUCGACUCCUCCGGCGACAAGUCCGUCGCUCGGGUCGUCGUCUCCGGGGAUACCUCCCGCUUUCCGUACACUUUCAAGGGAGGGCUCCGUUCCGCCAUCCGCGUGGCGCGCAUGGUCAAGGAGGUCGUCGAUCGCGGCGAGCCGGAUGUGAGGUGGUUCGUGUUCGGCGACGACGACACGGUGUUCUUCGUGGAGAAUCUGGUGAGGACGCUGUCAAAGUACGAUCACGAUCGGUGGUUUUACGUCGGGAGCAACUCGGAGAGCUACCAGCAGAAUGUCAAGUACUCGUUCGAUAUGGCGUUCGGCGGCGGAGGGUUCGCCAUUAGCCAUUCUCUGGCUACGGCUCUGGCGAGGGUGUUCGACUCGUGCUUGAUGAGGUACGGCCACUGGUACGGAAGCGAUGCUCGGGUUUUCUCCUGUGUGGCGGAGCUCGGUGUUGGGUUGACCCAUGAGCCUGGGUUUCAUCAGGUUGAUAUGCGGGGGAAUUUGUUUGGAAUGCUAUCUGCACACCCGUUGUCACCUUUGGUGUCCCUUCAUCAUGUAGAUGCCACAGAUCCAAUCUUCCCUAACAUGAACAACACCCAAGCUUUGGAACAUCUUUUUGAGGCUGUGAAUGUUGAUCCUGCCAGGAUAUUGCAGCAAAUUGUUUGCUAUGACAUGUCGCAUUCAUUGACUGUUUCAGUUGCGUGGGGUUAUGCUAUUCAGGUGUAUGAUGGCAAUGAACUCCUUCCAGAUCUCCUUUCUGUGCCGAAAACUUUUAUGCCAUGGAGGAGGAGUGGCAGUAUCGAUACAAGUCAGUACAUGUUUAACAUGAGAGAUUAUCCUAGAGAUAAGUGUAAAAGACCAACUGUGUUUUUCUUGGAAAGCAUCGUAUCCAGUAGCCAUGGCAUCUUGAGCAACUACUCGAGGCACAAUGUGGAAAACUGCUCCAAAGCAAAUGCAAUAAAGAAUCUGGAACAGAUCAGAGUGUUCUCACAGAAGCUAAAGCUUGAUUUGGAUGAGAUGAAGGCUCAACGCCGUCAGUGCUGCGAAAUUUUGCCGUCGUUUAAUGACUCCAUGACUAUAAACAUUAGACGGUGCAGAGACAAUGAGUUAAUCUCCAUGAAUUUCUAGAGUUCUCUGUUGGAUAGUUGCUCUGAGUACACAUAUGUAGAUGCAGAAUUCAGAGAACCACGCACACUUUUGGUGUACCGUCAUCUUAUCAAGGAGGAGGAAGAAGAGAAUAUACUUGGAAGAGAUGGCUAUUUAUCUUCUGAUCAAGACUAAAAUAAUUAUUCUGGAAUGAUAUCCUUGAAAACACUAAAUCAAAAGAAAAAGAUUUGCCAAAAGGGGAAGUCACUGUGAAAAUCUGCUGCCAGUUAAGGUUUCGACGUCUGUUAAGGCUCAAUCUUGGUUAAACUUUUCAGUGGCUAAUUAUCUCUGGGAAUUUGAUGGACAGACAAAAAGGAAGUAGAACGCCAUUCACACAUCUGCUGGUGCAGACGACCCCAAUAAAUGUGGAAAUCCAGAGGAUUGAACUGUAACUAGUGAACUGAUAGGUAUGUAAUGUUUUCAUGUCGUAGAGUAACUUACGUUUUGAGACAUCAAAUGACGAGGAAUAGUUUCGAGGAUAAACAUUAAUUCGUUGGAUAAGCAUGCGAGGGAAAUAUUCUUCAAAUGCUUGCUGCGUUUUCAUGCCGCAGUUAGAGUAUCUUGCUGAUGAACUGUAGAUGAUAGCUAGAUUGCAGAGUAUAGGGUCUGGUUUUGUAAUGUUGGAGCUGGAGUGAAUGCCAGUACUUGGCACGCACACCUAUUCCACUGAUCUGCUUCGUCCUUCCUCCGUUCAAUUAUUCAGGAUGAUAGCCCUUCUUCCAAACCAUUUAAGUCUAAUGCAUGUGCAUCCUUUGAAUCUGCAAGUAACCUAGUUUGUGAGAUUUUCAAUUAUUUAUGAAGCUCCAGCAUUGGAUGGUGUCAUGUUUCUGA